GGAAGAUAAGGCGCGCAUUAUAAUCGUAGACCAGUUGGCGCGAUGGUUUUAUUGGCUGCUUCUAUUUGUACUCGGGAUGGGAAAGCUUUGGUAUCUCGACAGUUCGUCGAAAUGACAAAGGCGAGAAUAGAAGGGUUGAUCGCUACUUUCCCAAAACUCCUUGGCACGGGCAAGCAGCAUACCUUUGUUGAAACAGAAUCCGUACGGUAUGUCUAUCAACCAUUGGAGAAAUUGUAUGUUCUCUUGAUAACUACAAAAGCAAGUAAUAUACUUGAAGAUUUGGAGACGUUACGGCUUUUUGCAAGAGUGAUACCAGAAUAUGGUUGUGGUACAGAUGAAAGUGAUAUUAUUGCACACGCUUUUCAACUUAUAUUCGCCUUUGACGAGAUCAUAGCAUUGGGCUAUAGAGAGGAUGUUAAUCUCUCCCAGAUACGUACUUAUACAGAAAUGGAUUCACAUGAUGAACGUGUUUUCCGUGCUGUUCAAGAGAACAAGGAACGCGAUGCUAAAGAGCAUAUGAAACAACGUGCACGUGAACUACAACAAGCCCGAAUGGAAGCUGGUAAACGAACCGGAAUGAAUCUUUCCGGCUUCUCAAAUUAUCGAGGUGGAAUGUCAAUGGGUAGUGGUCUAGCCAAUGAUCUGAAUGAACCUCGUGUGAUUGUCAUGAAAGAUCGCCUGGGAGACGGAAGUACAGACAGUCUAGGCUUGUCCACCGCAAAUGUAACAAGCAGUCUGUCCGUCAAACGAAGCGGAAUGCAACUUGGUGGUCAAAGUGGUACAAAAAAUGUCGAUCAAUUUGUGGAUCGUUUAAUGGCUGAAGGUGAAGUAGUCAGUGAGGAUGUCAUGAAAAUGGUUAGUGGAACAGGUGGAGUUCACAACACAGCUAGUAGUCUAAGUUCUACAAUAUCUCAAAAAUCUAAUGUGAAAAAAGAAGAUUUACAUUUACGUAUUGAUGAAAAGUUAAUUAUACAAGCAGGUCGUGAUGGUGGUUUAGAAAGUAUGGAAUUACAAGGGACAAUGUUUGCACAAGCUAAUACAAAUGAAGUGUGUACAGCUAAAAUUAGAGUAGAUACAAGUCUGUGUACAAAUCCUACCAAUGAACAUCGACCACCUGUACAACUACAAACACAUCCAAAUAUUGAUAAAAAAGUUUUCAUGUCCACUGGUUGGAUUCAAAUCAAAUCCGGCGGUAAACCAUUACCCACUGGUCAAGAAGUUGGUAUUUUAAGAUGGCGUUUCCAGACACAAGAUGAAAGUGCUCUUCCGAUAACAGUCAACUGUUGGCCAAAUGAAAUACCUGGUGGUUUCGAGGUCAAUGUAGAAUAUGAAUUACAGGAUACAGAAUUACAAUUAGAGAAUUUAGUGAUGUCUAUACCACUGCCCCCUUCGUCUAAACCACCAUUGGUUGGUAAUUGUGACGGUGAAUAUGAAUUAAAUCCUCGUAAUAAAAAUCAACUGGAUUGGUCUAUCCCAUUAGUCAAUGCUGACAAUUCAUCGGGGUCACUUGAAUUCACCUUGAAAACAGAACGUGGUUGUCAAGCCGAGCAAUUUUUCCCAUUGAAGUUAGACUUUAAAUCAAAUAAACCAUAUUGUGGAAUUCAGAUCAUGGAGGCAACUGUAGGCAAUCAGGAUGCACCGAUCGAUUUCUCGUGUGAAUCAAAUUUCUACACUGAAAAAUACGAAAUCAGUUGAGUGUGAUAUAUGAGAAGAUCAAGUCGGUUUUUUCCACUGACUGGCUGGCUGGCCGAGUGACUGACUGACUGAAUGACUAACUUUCUUCCUUUGUAUUUUGUGUGUGUGUAUGUGUAAUUAUCUGUGAUGAUUUCAAAAGAAAGGGAAAACUGUACACUCUUGGUUUUUCUUUUCUUCUCUUUAUUUUCUUUUGUUGCUCGUGGUAUCUCCACCACCGCGCAUCGCUUUUUUCUAUUGUCUUAUUGCUUCUUUGUAUGGUUUUAGCUAAUUGAGUAAUAAAUAAUAGUAAUAAUAAUAAUAACAAUAAUAAUA